GGAUCCACUCAACAAUAAAUUCUUCGGGGGUUUUAUGCUGAAGUCGGCGUUUUAUUUCUGCCUGCUACCUGACAUUGUGGACUUUCGAAAUGAGUUUAUUAGAAUGCUCUACAAUCAUUGUGCAAAAUUUGUCUACGGUGUGGCCAUUUUCAUCAAUUUCAGUCAAGUGGUAAAGUUGUAUCAGAUUUUCAACGAUGACCCGUUUAUUCUUGACGAAGUCUUCAGAAAUUUAAAUAUCACACUUUACUUUACUAAUGUUAUAAUCAGGGGUAUAUUUUUAAAAGGCAAACUGAGCGGCAAAAUCUUCAAAAAAGUUUUCGAAUUCGAAGACUCUAUUUAUUCCACUGGCGACCCUACAGUUCAAGCCACUUAUCAAACAUCUCUGAGCUUAGUCCAAACAACUAAAUACUGCUACGUUAUAACUGCGUUCCUUAUGAUGGGCUGCUACCUUCCAGCACCAUUGUUCAGGGAUCCUUACUACAUAACUAUAAAUAACGAGACAGUAGCCGUGCCCCAAAUGCCCGUAUCCAUAUGGAUACCAUUCCACAAGUCAUAUUUGCUUUCUUACCUGUACGCCGCUUCAUGUGGAUCUUGGGUGACUUACAUUUUUACUAUAACAGACAUGAUUUGUUAUUGCUUCAUUCUUUUCGGGGUUUGUCAAAUGGACGUGUUGUGUCACUACAUAAGUAAUUUUGAAAGAUAUGCCACUGAGCAUUCAGCUACACAUGGAACGACUCUGGAGAAGUCCCUCAGGAAAAUGCAAAAGGAUAACCUACAGAGGCAUAAAGAGAUUAUUAGCUACGUAAUACAAUUGAAUGACACUAUGAAGAACAUAUUGCUAGCGGAUUUUGUGCCUAGUUCCAUUCAAAUGGCAACAAUAAUUUAUCUGAUGCUGAAAAAUCUGAGCGUGGUACAAGUGUUUCUUCUGAGUCAAUUCAUCGUAUUUCAGCUCGCUAGGAUUUUCAUUUAUUGCUACAGCGCCAACAUAUUGACUCAGAAAGGUCUCGAAAUCGGCACUUAUUGGUACAAUUUGGACUGGACUGAGUAUCCUGAGGACAUACGCAAAAAUAUCGUGAUGUGCAUUCUCAGGCCUCAGAAGCCUUUGCACAUUUCCAUUGGAAAAUUUCACGAUAUUUCUUUGGAAACAUUUUUAGCGAUUGUACGAGGAACUUAUUCUUAUUCGUUGUUACUUACCACCAUCUAGAAUGGACAUAAUGUUAUUUAGUUUUGUACAGGGUGAUUCAAUGUUUGGUUUAAAUUUUUUCACUCAAGCAAUCAGAUAUUGAUAUUAGAUUAGAUGUUUUAUUAGAAAUAACAUAUCUGUUGUUUUACAUAUUUUAAUCACCUAACAUGAAUCAUCCUAUGAUAUAGUAAAAAUCAAAUUUAGGACAAUUAAUAUAAUAUAUAAUAUUGCAGACAAAUUUUCAUAUCGUAAUUUCAUUUCUUCUGCCAUCCCAUGGAACCCUUGAAAAGAAAGUU